ACCACGACUUAUUUGGACUGAAGACUAUAAUUUAAAAUGGGCGACGAGCUUCCGAAUCCUUUGGACACGGUUGAAAAGUUUGAAAUUUUCACUAGGGAGGAAUGGGGUGCUUUGCCUCCGAAAGGUUUCAAAAUACUCUCAAAUCGCGGGGAAAGGGUGAUAUUUACGUAUGAUAUACAAACAGACGAAUGUAAGACCACAGAGGAAUGUGCUGAAGUGGUAAGAGACAUGCAGAAGAAACAUAUGGAUGAAGGAUCAGACGACAUAAAAUACAACUUUCUCAUUGGUGGGGACUACAAUGUAUAUGAGGGAAGGGGAUGGAAUGUAAGACCCUGCGAAACUCUAAAAUACUCUGCAUACAGGCACAAACGGAUUGACUUUGGGUUCAUUGGCAGAUUUGAAGGACAUGAAUAUGUACCAAUUAGAAUGACUGCGAUUGCGUUUGAGCUUCUGCGGAUUGGGGAACGCUGCAAAUACCUUGAAGAUCCUGUCAGAAUAAAUGAAAUAAGGGGACCACCGGCUUAUGAAAAUAUUGUGCAUGACAUACCAGGAAUUUGAUCGAUCGAUCUAAAAUCUGUCUAAAAAUAUUUUCUAUGGCAUUUUAAAAUAUU